GGACAACUUGUCUCUGUUGAUUCCCCCCGACACUCAGCAAGGUGCCGGUAAGGAUCUCAUCUGCCGCGGCGUUCUGGAAGAAGCGAGAGGAAGAGCACGGGAGAGAGGGAGAGAGACGGCGAGGGGAAAGGGAGACGACGAGACGCGCAGCACCGGCGUCCGGGAGACCCAGGAGGAUCCCGCAGAUAACCAACCCGAGUCAUGCAGUCUUUUCGAGAAAGGUGUGGUUUCCAUGGCAAACAACAGAACUACCAGCAGACCUCACAGGAGACAUCUCGCCUGGAGAAUUACAGGCAACCAAGCCAGGCUGGGCUGAGCUGUGACCGGCAGCGGCUGCUGGCCAAGGAUUAUUAUAACCCGCAGCCGUACCCCGGGUACGAGGGCGGUGCUGGCACGCCCGCCAGCGCUGCGCGGGGCAGCAAAGUCCUACCCUCACAGCAGGGCCUGCAGGGGAGGCCAGCCUUCCCUGGCUACAGUGUCCAGGACAGCAGCCCCUACCCGGGCCGCUACGCGGGCGAGGAGAGCCUGCAGGCCUGGGGGGCCCCGCAGCCCCCACCGCCCCAGCCCCAGCCCCUGCCAGGAGGGGUGGGCAAAUACGAUGAGAACUUGAUGAAAAAGACAGCAGUGCCCCCUGGCAGGCAGUAUCCAGAGCAGGGCGCCCAGCUGCCCUUUCGGACUCACUCCCUGCAUGUCCAGCAACAGCUGCCACAGCCCCAGCAACCCCUGGCAUACCCCAAGCUCCAAAGGCAGAAACUGCAGAACGACAUGGCCUCUCCUCUGCCCUUCCCCCAGGGCAGCCACUUUCCCCAGCAUUCCCAGUCUUUCCCCACCUCCUCCAGCUACUCCUCCACAGGCCAGGGUGGCGGGCAGGGAGCCCACUCCUAUAAGAGUUGCACAGCACCACCUGCCCAGCCCCAUGACAGGCCACUGACCGCCAAUGCUAGCCUGGCCCCGGGGCAGCGGGUCCAGAACCUUCACGCCUAUCAGUCUGGCCGCCUCGGCUAUGACCAGCAGCAGCAGCAGCAGCAGCAGCAGCAACAGCAGCAACAAGCCCUUCAGAGCCGGCACCACGCCCAGGAAACCCUCCAUUACCAAAACCUCACCAAGUACCAACACUAUGGACAGCAGGGCCCCGGCUACUGCCAGCCAGACGCGGCCGUCAGGACUCCGGAACAGUACUACCAGACCUUCAGCCCCAGCUCCAGUCACUCGCCCGCGCGCUCCGUGGGCCGCUCGCCCUCCUACAGCUCCACUCCAUCGCCGCUGAUGCCAAACCUGGAGAACUUCCCCUACAACCAGCAGCCGCUCAGCACGGGGACCUUCCCUGCCGCUGCCGGCAUCGCAGACCACAGCCACUUCAUGCCCCUGCUCAACCCCUCCCCGACGGACGCCACCAGCUCCGUGGACACCCAGGCCGGCAACUGCAAGCCCCUGCAGAAGGACAAGCUCCCCGAGAACCUGCUGUCGGACCUCAGCCUGCAGAGCCUCACGGCCCUGACGUCGCAGGUGGAGAACAUCUCCAACACCGUCCAGCAGCUGCUGCUCUCCAAGGCCGCGGUGCCCCAGAAGAAGGGCGUCAAGAACCUGGUGUCCAGGACCCCGGAGCAGCACAAGAGCCAGCACUGCAGCCCCGAGGGCAGCGGCUACUCGGCCGAGCCCGCGGGCACCCCGCUGUCGGAGCCGCUGAGCAGCACGCCGCAGUCCACGCACGCCGAGCCCCCCGAGGCCGACUACCUGAGCGGCUCCGAGGACCCGCUGGAGCGCAGCUUCCUCUACUGCAACCAGGCCCGCGGCAGCCCCGCCAGAGUCAACAGCAACUCCAAGGCCAAGCCCGAGUCGGUGUCCACCUGCUCUGUGACCUCCCCCGAUGACAUGUCCACCAAGUCCGACGACUCCUUCCAGAGCCUGCACGGCACCCUGCCUCUCGACAGCUUCUCUAAGUUUGUGGCGGGAGAGCGGGACUGCCCCAGGCUGCUGCUCAGUGCCCUGGCACAGGAGGACCUGGCCUCCGAGAUCCUGGGGCUGCAAGAGGCCAUUGGCGAGAAGGCCGACAAGGCCUGGGCGGAGGCGCCCGGCCUGGCCAAGGACCCCAGCAAGCCCCCCUUCUCCCUGGAGAACCACAGCGCCUGCCUGGACCCCGUGGCCAAGAGCACAUGGCCCCGACCCGGGGAGCCGGAGGCCCUGCCUGAGUCCCUGCAGCUGGACAAAGGCGGCAGUGCCAAGGACUUCAGCCCAGGGCUGUUUGAAGACCCUUCCGUGGGCUUUGCCGCCCCCGACCCCAAGAAGCCUGCUGGUCCCCUCUCCUUUGGCACCAAGUCCCCCCUGGGGGCCGCGGCCUCAGAUCCUGCCGCAGCAGCUUUCGACUGCUUCCCGGACACGACCACCGCCAGCUCAGCAGACAGUGCCAACCCUUUUGCCUGGCCAGAGGAAAACCUGGGGGAUGCUUGUCCCCGGUGGGGGCUGCACCCCGGCGAGCUCACCAAGGGCCUGGAGUCAGGCGGGCAGGCCUCGGAUGGUGUCGGUAAGGAGACGGCCCAGGAAGCUUCAGCCUGCCUGGGCUUCCAGGAGGAGGAGCCCCCAGGGGAGAAGGCUGCUGUGCCCCGGGACUUCAAGCAGGAGGCGGCGGGCGGGGUGAAGGAGGAGGCGGGCGGGCUGCUGCAGUGCCCUGAGGUGGGCAAGGCCGACCGGUGGCUGGAGGACAGCCGGCACUGCUGCUCUGCAGACUUUGGGGACCUCCCGCUGCUGCCGCCCACGGGCAGGAAGGAGGACCUGGAGGCGGAGGAGGAAUACUCCUCCCUGUGUGAGCUCCUGGGCAGCCCCGAGCAGAGGCCCAGCAUGCAGGACCCACUGUCACCAAAGGCCCCGCUGAUGUGCACCAAGGAGGAGGUGGGGGAGGUGCUGGACCCCAAGGCUGGCUGGGGCUCCCCAUGCCACCUCUCCGGGGAGUCUGUCAUCUUGCUGGGCCCCACCGUGGGUGCUGAGUCGAAGGUCCAGAGCUGGUUUGAAUCCUCCCUCUCCCACAUGAAGCCAGGGGAAGAAGGGCCCGAGGGGACCCUGGCUCCGGGGGAUCCUGCCACCCUGGCCCCUGACGCCUCCCUGGCCCAGAAGCCGAACAAGCCCGCUGUGCCCGAGGCGCCCAUUGCUAAGAAAGAACCGGUGCCGCGUGGCAAAAGUUUACGUAGCCGGCGGGUGCACCGGGGGCUGCCCGAGGCAGAGGACUCCCCGUGCAGGGCACCGGCGCUGCCCAAAGACCUCCUGCUCCCCGAAUCCUGCACAGGGCCUCCCCAGGGACAAAUGGAGGGGGCGGGGGCCCCGGGCCGGGGGGCCUCGGAAGGGCUUCCCAGGAUGUGCACCCGCUCCUUCACUGCCCUGAGCGAGCCCCGCACGCCAGGUCCCCCAGGCUUGACCACCACCCCCGCCCCCCCAGAUAAACUGGGGGGCAAACAGCGAGCCGCCUUCAAGUCGGGCAAGCGGGUAGGGAAGCCCUCACCCAAGGCUGCGUCCAGCCCCAGUAACCCAGCCGCCUUGCCUGUGGCCUCCGACAGCAGCCCCAUGGGCUCCAAGACCAAGGAGACAGACUCGCCGGGCACCCCUGGGAAAGACCAGCGCUCCAUGAUCCUUCGCUCCCGCACCAAAACCCAGGAGGUCUUCCACGCCAAGCGGAGGCGACCCUCGGAGAGCCGGCUCCCCAACUGCCGCACCACCAAGAAGCUCCUCGCCAACAACCACCUGCCCGCCGCCUUCAAGGUCUCUGGCAGCCCCCAGAAGGAGGGGAGGGCCAGCCAGCGGGUGAAGGUCCCCAAGCCCGGCGCGGGCGGCAAGCUCUCCGACCGGCCCCUCCACGCGCUCAAGAGGAAGUCGGCCUUCAUGGCGCCCGUCCCCACCAAGAAGCAGAACCUGGUCUUACGGAGCAGCAGCGUCACGGGCGGCAGCGGCAGCAUCGGGGACGUGAAGGAGGAGAGGGCCGAGGACUCCCCCACCCUCUUCAAGAGACUGGCUUCCCCCAAGAAGGCCAAGCCUGCCAAGGGCAGCGGUGAGCCUGCCGCCAAGGCGCUGCCCUCGGAGACGCCCGACGCCUGCCUCAAGCUGGCCUCACGCGCCGCCUUCCAGGGCGCCAUGAAGACCAAGGUGCUGCCGCCCCGGAAGGGCCGGGGCCUGAAGCUGGAGGCCAUCGUGCAGAAGAUCACCUCACCCAGCCUGAAGAAGUUUGCCUGCAAAGUGCCAGGGGCCCCGCCAGGUAAUCCUCUGAGCCCAUCCCUCCCUGAGAAGGACCGUGGGCUCAAGAGUGCUGGGGGCAGCCCCAUGGGAGCGGAAGAAGGUCUCUUAAACAUGGGUGCUGGGCAGAAGCUCCCAGCAGCUCCGGGGGUCGACCCGUUGUGCAGAAAUCCAACCAACAGAUCCUUAAAAGGCAAGCUCAUGAACAGUAAGAAACUGACCUCCACUGACUGUUUCAAAACUGAGGCCUUCACAUCCCCUGAGGCCCUGUCCCCUGGGGGUACGGCCCUGGCACCUAAGAAGAGGAGCCGGAAAGGCAGGGCCGGAGCCCUCGGGCUCCCGAAAGGCCCCCUGGAGAAGCGGCCCCAUCUAGGCUCAGCUCUGCUCCUGACUCCCCGAGACAGGGCUGCGGGCACACAGGGGGUCGGUGAGGAGAGUCCCAGUGGAGGCAGCAAGAAGCCAAAGACGGAGGAACUGGGUCUGACCUCCCAGCCCCCCGAGGGUCAGCCCUGCCAGCCCCAGACAAGGGCACAGAAGCAACAGGGUCACGCCAACUACAGCAGCUACUCCAAGCGGAAGCGCCUCACCCGGGGCCGGGCGAAGAACGCCGCCUCCUCACCCUGUAAAGGGCGUGCCAAGCGGCGGAGGCAACAGCAGGUGCUGCCCCUAGAUCCCGCAGAGCCUGAAAUCCGCCUCAAGUACAUUUCCUCAUGCAAGCGGCUGCGGGCCGACAGCCGCACCCCUGCCUUCUCACCCUUUGUGCGGGUGGAAAAGCGAGAUGCGUUCACCACCGUAUGCACUGUUGUCAACUCCCCUGGGGAGGAGCCCAAGCCCCACAGGAAGCCUUCCUCCUCCACUUCCUCCUCCUCCUCCUCCUCUUCCUUCUCUCUGGAUGCGGCUGGGGCCUCCCUGGCCACGCUUCCCGGAGGCUCCGUCCUGCAGCCACGGCCCUCCCUGCCCCUCUCGUCCACCAUGCAUCUGGGGCCCGUGGUUUCCAAGGCCCUGAGUACCUCUUGCCUUGUUUGCUGCCUCUGCCAAAACCCGGCCAACUUCAAGGACCUUGGGGACCUCUGUGGGCCCUACUAUCCUGAACACUGCCUCCCCAAAAAGAAGCCAAAACUCAAGGAGAAGGUGCGGCCAGAGGGCACCUGUGAGGAGGCCUCCCUGCCCCCCGAAAGAACACUCAGAGGUCUCGAGUGCCCGGCGGCUGCCCCUGGGAAGCCUCCCAGGCCCGAUGGCCCGGCCGACCCCGCCAAGCAGGGCUCGCUGCGCACCAGUGCCCGGGGCCUCUCCCGGAGGCUGCAGAGUUGCUACUGCUGUGAUGGUCGGGGGGACGGUGGUGAGGAGGUGGCCCCAGCUGACAAAAGCCGCAAGCAUGAAUGCAGCAAGGAGGCACCGGUGGAGCCUAGCGGGGACACCCAGGAACACUGGGUGCAUGAGGCCUGUGCCGUGUGGACAGGCGGGGUCUACCUGGUGGCCGGGAAGCUCUUUGGGCUGCAGGAGGCCAUGAAAGUGGCCAUGGACAUGACGUGUGCCAGCUGCCAAGAAGCCGGGGCCACCAUCGGGUGCUGCCACAAAGGAUGCAUCCACACCUACCAUUACCCGUGCGCCAUCGAUGCGGGUUGCUUAUUCAUCGAAGAGAACUUUUCUUUGAAGUGUCCCAAACAUAAGAGGCUGCCGUUGUAAUUCACCCCAACGGCCGGAGAAGCGCCGGAGCCCGCUGGCCACCGCAGGAGAGGAGCCGCCGGCGCGGCCAGGGGCCUUUGAGCUGUCCCAACGCGGGUCCGAGCCGAUCCUUGAUCCGGACCCCGGGUCUUGGAUCUGGCCGCCGUGGGCUGAAACUGGCGGUCCCGGGUUGGGAAGAAAAAGCGUUCCGGAGCCUCCCGCUCCCGCAGGCGACGAGACUGGGGUUCUUGAGCACCCCCGCGGGGCCAGGCUUGGAGAGGGGGAGCCCGCGGGUCGCCGGGCUCCUGGAGGCGUCCGGCCCCGGCGGGGUGGGGGACGCCGUUAGCCGGAGCUGCUCCUGCCUGGGCAGCGCCAAGACGACGUGGCAUUCAUUCCACGUGGGUGCUGCCGCGCUCCGGCCGGCUGUGGCCUGCAGCUGGGCAGCCCGGGGCUAAGGUUAGGGGUCCAGAGGGCCCUGGGAGCGGCCACGGGCCGAGGACGAGGCGAGGGGGAGGGGGGCUGAAGCCUCUCCGGCGCGGGCCGGGCCAGCGGGGGAGGGGGCCGUAGGCUCCGGACGAGCCGUCUGGGGCGCGGCCAAGCGCCCUUCCUCCAGCCUUUGCCAAAAUUUUGGUGAGACGCAGGCAGAGCCGCAGGCUGGCGGAUGUGUCCGCGGCGGGUGCUCAGAGGGUGCGGGCUCCCGGGCUGCGGGCAGGACUGGGGCACCUCUUGGCUUCUGUUCGUCCCCUUCCAGUCCUCCACUCCAUCCCUGGAGCCCGGCCUGGGAGCGCAACAGUAAAGGAGUCGCGACCGGAGCGCACCGGCGGAGUCGUGCGGAUUGGAGACCGUCCCUCUGCGCCAUCGCCGGCUCCAGAGACCGCCGGGCACGCGAGCAGAGACAGCGCUAGAUUCGUGUACAAACCUGUGUACCCCUCUAUAUAUAUGUUACAUAGAAUGUAUAUAUGUUGGGAACAUGCUCGCUUCUCCUGUGUCACCGCCGUGCGUCGUGCCCCUCUGCACAGGGCCCUUGCCAGGGAAGGGGCCACCGCGAUGCCCUUGCCCCACGCAGUCACCACAGGCCCUGCCAGUUCGUCUGCCUGUCCGUCUGCGUCCUCAGCUCUGUCCACGCUUCAAUGGGCCUGACGCAGCCCCCAGACCGGGCCGCCCUAGCAACUUCUUGUACAUAUGACUGUAAAAUGGUAAACGUGUGUAUUAUAUCUGGCCUCGUUAUAUAGUGUAUAUAUAUGUAUACAUAUACAUAUAUAUAAUAUAUAUGAAGACUGUAAAUGUUAAGACGACUAGUGUUCUUAUUAGUAUAUUGCUUCACACUGAAGAUUGUGUGUAUCGAGCUGUUUCUAAAAGAUGUUUAUUUUCCUUAAGAGUAAAAAACAGUCAUUGCAUUCAGAAAAAAAAAGUCAAUAAAGAUACAACGAUUGUUUUGGAA